AUGGCUGCCCCGCACGACGAGGCCGCGGCGUGGUCCGAGGAGGCGGCGCGCCGGGUCUGGGCCGGCGCCGUGCCGCUCCAGGUCCACCUCCACGACGCCGACGUCACCGCGUUGCCCCCGCCGCCGCCCUUCCUGACUUUGGGGCCAAGAAUUGGGUACUUGCCCCUCUUGAUACCUGUUAUAAAGGCUCAUUUCAGCAAUGCGCUCCCACCUGGUGUUGACACUGUUUGGUUUGAAUAUAAAGGGCUGCCUUUAAAAUGGGGAUAUCCCUCAGAAAUCUUGUCACCAUGCGAGGGUGAAGAUAGCGUGAAGUGGAGCUACAUGAAUUCCCUGAAAGAGGCCACCUUCAUCAUUACUGGGAACAAUAAGAGUGUGAUGAAUAUGUCACAUGCUGAUCAAGUUGCUCUGUGGGAAUCUGUAAUGAAAGGUAACUUAGAUGGGUAUAAAAAUAUCUCCACCAGGCUUAAGCUUGGACCAUUCGAAGAUGAUGGGUUAGUACGAACAGCAUCCAUGGAGCGUCAACGUCAACAAAAUUCUGAUGAACCUGAAUCUCCUGGAUCUAGCAAACCGUGCAGGGUUCCUGUUCGACUAUAUGUACGCAAUGUUCAAGAAGAGCUUGAGUAUAUAGAAGAUGCAAUACCUGUUAGUGACUGGGAAAGUGUGUCCUACAUAAAUCGGCCAUUUGAGAUUCGCAAGGUUGAAGAGUUCUUCAGGUCAAAGCCCGCAGGCAGAGCCGACGACUCCCAACGUGCAGGGGCACUGGACUCGGCUGCUGACAGUUCAGAUGCCACCAACUCUUCAAGAAGUUCUCAGGAGGCAGGACAAGCCCUGGCAAGUCCACGAGAGGCGGCGGGUGCUGCCAAGAAAGCGAAAGUGAAGCUGGUAAGGGUGCAAGGCAUCGAGCUGGACAUGGACAUCCCGUUCCUUUGGGUUGCCAAUAACCUGAAGAACCCUGAAUACUACCUCCACAUUUGUGUAUAUGUCGGUACUCGGAAACAAUAA